GCGUCUUCUCGGGGUUUCCUCACUUCAUUUCCUGAAGUGUUUAUUAAUGGAGGUAUAUUGCUGGGAUAUGUGUCCAACUUCGCCUUCUCCAAGCUCCCAGCACACUUGAGCUGGCGAUUCAUGUUAGGAAUCGGAGCAGUUCCUUCUGUAUUCUUGGCUAUAAGUGUUCUAGCCAUGCCCGAGUCACCGCGUUGGCUCGUCAUGCAAGGUCGACUUUCCGAAGCAAGAACUGUUCUUAAGAAAAUCUCCGAAUCACCCGAAGAAGCAGAUUUGAGACUUUCUGAAAUCAAAGAAGCGGCUGGCAUACCCGAAUGCUGCAACGACGACGUUGUGGAAGUCCCAAAACGUCCCAAAGGUGACAGUGUAUGGAGAGAACUAUUCAUUUCUCCUACACCAGCUAUUAAACACAUAGUACUUACUGGCCUUGGUAUCCAUUUUUUUCAACAAGCAAGUGGAAUUGACUCUGUUGUUUUGUAUAGUCCAACAAUUUUUGAGAAGGCGGGUAUUAAAUCAGACACGGAUAGGUUACUUGCCACAGUAGCAGUGGGAAUAAUAAAGACAAUAUUUGUUUUAGUAGCCACAUUUUUACUAGACAGAGUUGGGCGUAGGCCGUUGCUUCUAACAAGUGUUGAUGGAAUGGUCAUGUCAUUGAUAUUCCUCUCUAUUGGCCUUACAGUAAUUGACCACUCAGAUGGCACGGUAUUUUGGGCCAUAGCACUUUGUAUCACAAUGGUAUUGGCUUAUGUUGCACUUUUCUCAAUUGGGGCUGGUCCAAUCACAUGGGUGUAUAGUUCUGAGAUUUUUCCAUUAAGACUCAGGGCAACAGGGUGCAGUUUAGCGGUGGCACUGAACAGGGUGACAAGUGGGGUGGUAUCAAUGACAUUCUUGUCGUUAGAAAAGGCGAUAACGAUCGGAGGGGCGUUCUUUUUUUAUGCAGGACUUGCUGGAUUGGCUUGGGUGUUUUUCUUUACGUUAAUGCCAGAAACGCAGGGGAAAACAUUAGAGGAAACUGAGGAAUUGUUUGGAACUUUCUUCAAGUGGAGGUUAACAUUGCGAGAACUCAAGGCAAAAGAAAAGAAUAACAAUGCCCAGAUUCAGAUGGCUACUGUGCCUGCUGUUGGUAGUUGAAAAAGACAAUGGAAAAUAGUUGGAUAUCCUUGGCAUUGGUUUUACUACAGGAGAUUUUCUGUCAACUUAAACUAUUACAAGUUGGAGAACCAUCCUUGUUUCGGUGUUUUAAUAUUGUUGUCCUUUCAGCUUUUACAUAGUUCAAAAUAGAAUAGAUUACGAGAUAUUUAAACUCGUAAUAUGGCCGUUUUAAAUUGUAACCUUUUUAGCUGUUUGGCUGUUUUCAUGGAAAUUAAACUUUCUCUCCUCACCUCUCAAGAUGUCGGCUUGGUUGGAAGUGAAAAAUUAAUAAUAUGGAAUUUAGGAAG